CAACUUUAAUAGCUAUCUGUGCAGCAGAAAGAGGAAGGACCGUAUUUAAACGUAUUUAUUUCGCUUGUUUAUCACAUUUCUGUCAGGACAAUGUGUAGCAAUAAGGAAGUGGAAUACAUGGACACUUCAGACUUCCCAUGGUGUUGGUAUUAUCUGGCAGACUGUGGAAGGUGGCACAGGUUUGAGGACGACCCUGAUAAUCCCCUGAGGAGUGAGGAUAUUGAAAAAUAUUACAAAAGAAACUCUAAAGCAGCGUUGAAUACAUCAUCCGGUAACUGUGAGAGCAAGAUGGACUUCUCAGCAAUGUUACAGACUGACCUCAUCACAGGAAGGCAAAGAAGAAUCCAACGGGCCUUCAACCUUGAGAGAGGAUGCGCCUGCUUCAGUGCUUCUCCUGUCUUCUGGGAAAAGGUGGACCCAAGAUGUCCAUAUCAGUUAAUGCCUCUGAGUGAACUCAGCCCUGAGUAUCUCACAGUGGCAGACUAUGUGAAGACAGAGGGGUUGUUGGAUGCAGACAUCGUGUCAAUCAGCAGGAUCCAGAAUCUGGACCUGUGGGAGAUAUUCUGUCGGAAAAAGAAGCAGGUAAUGAGAAUCCAGGAUGUCAAAGAGAUCCAGGAGAAGAGACUCUUUCAUGGUACAGAAAUGACAAAUGUUGACAGCAUUUGCAAGUAUAACUUUGAUUUACGAUUGCCUAGCAAACAUGGCAGCGUAUAUGGCAAAGGGAUAUAUUUUGCAAAACAUGCAACAUUUGCAGACAAAUACAGCAACGGCAGCAGGGAUCCAUUGCCUCUGUAUGGCGGGGAAACACGAGGUGUUCAAGGUGAAUACACUAAAGUGAUAUUUUUGGCUCGUGUGAUAAUCGGAAAAUCAACGGUUGGAAAGGCUAUUUGUCGGAAACCUGAUGAUGGAAGUGCUGAAAACACUCACUACAGCUGUGUGGAUGAUGUCAAACAUCCCAAGAUCUUUGUAAUAUUUGAUCCAAAUCAGAUAUAUCCAGAGUAUUUGAUUCAGUAUACCGGUAGAUGAAGUGAACAGAGGGUCUUGAGCAUGUGCGAUAUCAGCAUGUCUAACUCUGUCUUGGUAUAAAACCUCUCAUAGUCUUUGAAGAUUUUUUAUUUUUUUACGACAUCUUUUAAACUACAUUUUGAAAGGAGCUGAACUCUGAUAU